AUGAACCAACAUGCUUUGGGUGACCUCUGCCAACAACCCACACUCACAGCUUCCUCUGAAAAAUAUGCACAGCUCGCUCACGAUGCAACCAGCCAACUCCAUGAACCCGUUCAAUCGAUCUUGUCAGCCUUGAAUCUACGUGCAUUGGCAUUGACCAAGUUUGCUAACUUUGAUGGUGCACUUCGCGAUGCCCACAUUAUGCUUCAACUCUCGUCAUCUUCACCCCUUGGGUAUUUACGCUUAGCCGAAGUUUAUAGCGCACAAGGGAAACAGCGACGUGUUAUGGCCGUAUGCUCUAGAGGACUCGAUAAGGUGGACGCCAAGGAUACGCACUAUGCAACAUUGCAGCAAGUCAGAAAGGAUGCUUUUAAACGCCUUAGAAAACGCAUUGACUUUAUGAGCCUACUACCUGUCGACAUUGUCGUUUCAACGCUUAUCCCGAUGUUCAUGUACGACAACCUUGUGGAGGGAUCAAGUCGAUAUUUAAAAGUGAGCAAGAUAUGGAGUGAGCGUAUUAUUCAAUGCUUCAAAGGAUUGCGUUUCAAGUUUGGCGAAGGUGACAACGUGUCCCAGGUCAUCAAGUAUGCUCCCAAUGCAAAGUUAUUGCACAUCUCAUCCCGUUCCAAAGGCAAAUGGCUCGGCGAUUUCAUUCGUGGUCACGACUUUUCAUCGUUGGAAAAGAUAGUAAUUGAAAGAUUCAGAAGCGUACGCGUUCAGCACUUUCUUACCGCGUUGAAAUCAGUCAGCAGCACCUUGACGUAUUUGGAAGUGGAAGUGAAAAACGACAUUGAGCUAUGGGCCGACCAGCUGAUGUUAGCCUGCCCUAAUCUCGUUACGUUGCGUCUUUAUGAUCCGCCUCAUAUCCAUCUCAGCCCUGUUACCUUGCAGAUAUGGCCUACGUUGACGACAUUAUCGAUUCAUAACAAGUCAAGGAACAAAAUCACCACUGAGGAGAUUAUUGGGAUUUGGCAGCGAUUUCCAUCAUUGAAGGAGCUCGACAUUUAUCCAUGCGAGGAUCUUGAAUCAGCGUUUAUUGUCUCUGAAUACACUCAAUUACUUAACCGCCUUCGUCUUGCAUUGUUUGGUCCGCGUAUUCAUCUAUACUAUCAGCAUGAAGAGCACUCGAGUGAAGGGGUUGGCUUAAAGUCCUUUUUGAUCGUAACAGAUACGGUUAAGUGGAAUGAACGGAUUGCCGAGGAUAUCCGAUCGAUCAUCAAGCAAUACAACAAGACACUUGUACACCUUGAUUGGUUAAGUGAUCGUAGCCGUGGUACCGAGACCAUUGAACACCUUCAAUACCCUCAUCUCAAGAAACUUGGUGUCUCUUCCUCUGGAUGGCAGAUAACACGCAAUGCACCCUUGCUUGAAGAAUUGAAGCUGUCGUAUACAGUCAUCAGCGAACACCCUCCAGUACUUGACAUGAUACCAUCCCAUUUGAAAAAGCUUGAAUUGGAUCUUCGUCGUGCACCUCAAGGAUUCGACAUGUCAUUGAUUCAACGCUACUUUAAUCGCAUUGCUCAAACGGUGCAGCUAAAAGAACUUGUGAUGCUUUUCAACUAUGAACACCCCAUCAAAAACAAGCUUGAUAUUGUAUAUCGUCUUGGACACCUUGAAUGCCUAAUGAUCCGACAUUUUAUGAAUUGGGAGGAGGAUGAAAUCAACAACUUUUUGGAUGGCCUUGUCCAAGCGUGUCCUCGUUUAACGCGCCUUGAGCUCCAAUUGAUGAGCCCACCAGCGACCUCUUCAGUGAACAUCUUGAAACGACUUGAACAUUUUCAGCAGUUUGAAUUUCGCGUUAAGAAAGACUCGCAAGAUGACACCUUUUGGCAUGCGAUUUGCACGUUUCCUCAGCUGAAGCGUAUUACCCUAUAUCCUGACUAUGACAUCGUCGACGGCCAUAUAAAGCAUGUACGACGACAGAGACCUGACCUAAACAUCAUCAUUCGUGAAAAUCCUACCGGAGACGGAGACUGA